AUGACUUCUGUUUCUUCAAUGUCAGUGUCCGUAGAAUGCUUGAAUAUAUUUAAGUUUUGGAAAGGGGAUGUGAGUGGAAAAUAUGAUUGCAGCGUGCUCUCCUGCGCUUCUAAGGCUCCAAGGGCACUUACUGGAUUUGUUGCAAGCACCGCGUAUCCUUCGCAGCAGUGUGGACGAACUGCAAGAAGAAAUCACAUUUCAUGCAGAUUUGAAUCUCAAAAUUCGGGACGAUGGUAUUCACAUGAAGCCUCAGACUCUGUCCUUCUACAAAAGCUCUUAAGCUCGAGAAUGGUUCAUUUGACCACUGGCAAAUGGAAUUUGCUUAGUUUACCAUCUUCUUCACAAUCAUGUGAGGUUUCUCCUGACAGUUUGUGGGAGGAUCUCAAACCUACCAUCUCCUAUCUCUCAUCAAAAGAAUUGAAAUUGGUUCGUAAUGCCCUGAAUCUGGCUUAUGAGGCCCACAAUGGUCAAAAAAGACGCAGUGGGGAGCCCUUUAUUAUUCACCCAGUUGCAGUUGCACAAAUUCUUGGAGAACUUGAAUUGGAUUGGGAGUCAAUUGCUGCUGGUUUGUUACAUGACACGGUGGAAGAUACAAAUGUGGUUACAUUUGAAAGAAUAGAGAAGGAUUUUGGUACUACUGUUCGUCACAUUGUUGAAGGCGAGACUAAAGUAUCAAAACUUGGGAAACUGAAGUCUAAGGAUGAGAAUCAUUCUGUUCAAGAUGUCAAGGCAGAUGACUUCCGACAGAUGUUUCUAGCCAUGACCGAAGAGGUUCGUGUUAUAAUUGUCAAAUUAGCUGACAGAUUGCAUAAUAUGCGCACGCUUUCGCAUAUGCCUCCACACAAGCAGUCCAGCAUAGCCCUGGAGACACUGCAGGUUUUUGCUCCUCUGGCUAAAUUGCUUGGAAUUUACCAAAUCAAGUCAGAACUCGAAAAUCUGGCAUUUAUGUAUACAAAUGCUCAAGAAUAUGGUAAGGUUAGGAGAAGAAUUUCAGAACUUUAUAAAGAACACGAGAAAGAACUCGAAGAGGCAAACAAAAUAUUAAUGAAGAGGAUUCAGGGCAAUCAAUUCCUAGAUCUUAUGACAGUGAAAACUGAAGUUCGAUCUGUAUGCAAGGAACCUUAUAGCAUCUAUAAAUCUGUACUUAAAUCUAGAAGCUCGAUAAAUGAAGUCAACCAAAUUGCGCAGCUUCGAAUAAUUAUAAAACCAAAGCCAUGUGUUGAAGUUGGGCCUUUGUGUAGUGCACAGCAGAUAUGCUACCAUGUUCUUGGGCUAGUGCAUGGAAUUUGGACUCCUAUUCCUAGAGCAAUCAAGGACUACAUUGCCACCCCAAAACCUAAUGGCUAUCAAAGUCUUCAUACUACAGUUAUACCAUUUCUUUAUGAGAGUAUGUUUAGGCUGGAAGUUCAGAUUAGAACUGAAGAGAUGGAUUUGAUUGCUGAAAGAGGGAUUGCUGCACAUUAUAGUGGGAAAAUUUUUGUGAAUGGCUUAGUUGGACAUAUGCCAAAUGGCAGUAGCUCCAGAGGGAAAACAGUUUGCCUGAAUAAUGCCAAUAUUACCCAGAGGAUAGGCUGGCUCAAUGCAAUUAGGGAAUGGCAAGAGGAGUUUGUCGGAAAUAUGAGCUCCAGAGAAUUUGUUGACACUAUCACCAGAGAUCUUUUAGGCAGUCGCGUCUUUGUAUUUACACCAAGAGGAGAGAUUAAAAAUCUGCCUAAGGGAGCAACUGUCGUCGAUUAUGCAUAUAUGAUACACACUGAAAUUGGCAACAAAAUGGUGGCUGCAAAGGUCAAUGGCAAUCUUAUCUCUCCAACGCAUAUGCUUGCUAAUGCUGAAGUUGUGGAGAUAAUAACUUAUAAUGGGCUCUCGGGUAAAUCUUCCUUCCAGAGACAGAAGCAGUGGCUACAAUAUGCAAAAACACGAAGUGCGCGGCAUAAGAUAAUGAAGUUUCUAAAGGAACAAGCUGCCCUAUCCGCAACUGAAAUGACUGCUGAUUCGAUGAAGGAAUUCACUGCUGAAUCUGAACAGGACAGUGGAACGGAAGAGAUUGUGGAUUACUCUAAAGGGGCUAAACACACUUGGGAGAAUAUUUUGAAGAACAUUGCACAAAUGUCAUCGUCGAAGCAUGUGAGUUUGAAGGCCAAUGAAGAAGUUUUAUCUCAAGGCAAUGGUGUAGCCAAGAUGAUUCUUGCCAACAUUCCCAUGUACAGGGAAGUCUUGCCUGGGUUAGACAGCUGGCGAGCUAGCGAGGUUGCUUCUUGGCACAACCUUCAAGGGCACUCUGUCCAGUGGUUUUGCAUAGUUUGCACAGAUCGAAGAGGUAUGCUGGCAGACGUGACAGCAGCAUUGGCAGCUGAGGGAAUAACUAUAUGUUCUUGCACGGCUGAGAUUGAUAGGGGGAAGGGAAUGGGGGUCGUGUUAUUUCAUAUUGAAGCAAGCUUGGAUAGUUUGAUUAGUGCGUGCUCUAAGGUGGGUCUAAUUCUUGGUGUUUUGGAAUGGUCUACUGGGUGCAGCUGGUCGAGCUCAAUGGAAAACCAGCAGUUUCUUGAAUUUUUUUUUCAGUUUUUACUCAUAUCAUCUGAAACUGAGUUUGAGAAAAUUCAAACUUUCAUUGUUGGAGUUCAGAAUGAUUUGAAACCUUCUCCUUUCUCUGAUGUUGAACAGUGGUAUAAAUCCACUCUUCGAAGCCUUGGUUCAUAUACUGAAUCCAGCCAAACAGAAAAAACCCAAGAGUUUCUGCAUGUUUAUAGAACAGUUUUCCAUGGAUUUUCUGCUAAACUCACCCCAGAACAAGCCCAAGAACUCAAAAAUCGUCGAGAAAUUCUCGCUGUUUUACCAGACCGCCUGCGCCAAUUACAUAUAACUCGGUCACCUCACUUUCUUGGAUUGUCCUCAAUCAACCCUUCUGAAUUGUUAACGGAGUCGGACUCGGGCUCUAAUGUUAUUAUUGGGAUCUUCGACACUGGAAUAUGGCCGGAACGACGGAGCUUCCAUGAUGAAGGACUUGGGCCGAUUCCGGCUACCUGGAAAGGCGAGUGCACCGAGGGGGAAAAUUUCACAAAAGCCAACUGCAACAAAAAAAUAAUUGGUGCUCGAUAUUUUACUGCCGGAUAUGAAGCCCAUACUGGUGGAAUUAAUGACACUGAAGAAAUUAAGUCUGCUAGAGAUACAGAGGGCCAUGGAACCCACACCACCUCCACCGCCGCUGGUAGAGCCGUGAGCAAUGCCUCUCUUUUUGGUUACGCUCACGGCGUGGCGGUGGGAGUUGCACCGAAAGCUCGCGUUGCAGUGUAUAAAAUUUGCUGGAAAAAUGGCUGCAUGGAUUCUGAUAUUCUCGCUGCCUUCGACAAAGCGGUGGAGGACGGCGUCAAUAUCAUUUCAAUUUCAGUUGGCGGUGGUGCCGAGCCAUAUAAUGUGGACCCAAUUUCAAUCGGAUCAUUUGGUGCUAUGGAGAAGGGUAUUCUUGUCUCAGCAUCGGCUGGCAAUGAAGGUCCCAGUAAAAUGACAGUCACAAAUGUUGCUCCAUGGAUCACCACAGUAGGGGCUGGCACGAUUGACAGGAAAUUUCCAGCUGAUCUUGUGCUUGAAGAUGGGCGGGUGAUCAACGGUGCAUCAGUCUAUGGCGGUCAUCCUUUGCCUGAAAAGAAUUAUUUCCCCAUUAUUUACGCCGGAAACGCCUCAGCAAAUUCGAGUAGCGGAGGUAGACGUGCUGGAAGUUUCAUGGCCGCCACUUGCAUGGCAAACUCACUUGACAAAGAAUUAGUACGUGGCAAGAUUGUGGUGUGUGACAGAGGCAGCACGACCCGCGUUUCGAAAGGUGAGGUUGUCAAGAAAGCUGGUGGCGCUGCCGUGGUGGUUGCCAAUGUGGCACCAAUCGGAGAAGGCCUCGUCGCUGAUUCUCAUCUGAUUCCCGGCCUUGCUAUUACCGAAUCGGCCGGUCACACCGUUCGCAAUUACAUAAACUCCAACCCAAACCCAAGAGCAAAAAUGAUUUUUCGGGGGACUGUAAUCGGAGUAAAACCGGCUCCUGUCGUUGCAUCCUUCUCAUCAAGAGGCCCCAGCAUCGAUUCCGUGCACGUGCUCAAGCCUGAUGUCAUUGCGCCAGGUGUAAACAUUUUGGCAGCUUGGCCUGAUGGCCUGUCACCGACUGAGCUAGCUUUUGACAUCCGGCGCACUGAAUUUAAUAUGGCUUCAGGGACAUCAAUGUCAUGCCCGCAUGUUUCCGGCGUAGCGGCUCUGCUGAAAGGGGCCCACCCCGACUGGUCACCUGCAAUGGUUCGAUCUGCGUUAAUGACCACUGCUUACACUCAAGAUCUUGAAGGGAAUCCAUUGCUUGAUGAAAAAUCUUACAAUUUAGCAACAAUAUAUGACAUGGGAGCCGGGCAUGUGAAUCCUGAAAAGGCCGUUAAUCCUGGUUUGGUUUAUGAUUUAACUGCAAAUGAUUAUGUGGAUUUUCUAUGUGCAUCAAAUUUUACUCGGCGAGAUGUUCGGCAGAUUGCUAGGAGACCGGUGAGUUGCGGCAAGAAGCAAUCUAAGCCGUGGAAUUUCAAUUAUCCGGCAAUUUCAAUUGCUUUUGAAGCUUCUGAACCGUUGGAUUCUAUUGUUGUUUCUAGGACAGUGACACAUGUUAGUGAGAAUGGAGCUACCUAUGGUGUUAGUGUGACAAAUCCUAAAGGUGCGACUAUGACAGUAACUCCAUCAAAAUUGGAUUUUAAAAUGAAGGGCGAAAAACAGAGUUACAUGGUAAAGAUCUCAGCAGAAAAGUUGACGGUGUCACCUGGGAAUUCAGUGACGGAGGUGGGGAAGAUAAUUUGGUCAGAUGGGCGGCACCAAGUGGUUUCGCCGGUGGUAGUGGUGUGGCGACAAGGGUAUUAA